AUGCCAGUCCCAAAGCAGCUCCUCUCGCAGAUCAAGCAGCUCAUCCCCCCGCUCAACGGCACCCUUCACAAGGGCCAAUCAGGCCGCGUUGGCGUCCUUGGCGGUGCACUAGACUACACCGGCGCGCCCUUCUUCGCGUCCAUGUCCUCGAUGCGCAUGGGCGCCGACCUCGCGCACGUCAUCUGCUCCCCCACCGCCGCCGCCGCCAUCAAGUCCUACUCACCCGACCUCAUCGUCCACCCCAUCCUCCGCGAGGACCAGUCCCCCGCCGACCUCCGUCCCGCGCUGUCCUCCCUCCUUGAGCGUCUGCACGUCCUCGUCAUCGGCCCAGGUCUCGGCCGUGAGGACUACAUGCAGAACUGUGCCAAGCUCGCGCUCAACAUCGCAAAGGAGCAGGGCAUGUACAUCGUCCUCGACGCAGACGCCCUCUGGAUGAUCGGCCACGACCUCUCCCUCGUCCGCGGCUACCACAAAGCCGUCCUCACCCCCAACGUCGUCGAGUUCAAGCGUCUCUCCGAGGACGUCAACCUGGACCCCUCCACGCCAGCCAGCGAGCGCGCCAUGCGCAUCUCCCGCGCCCUCGGCGGCGUCACCAUCCUCGAAAAAGGCAAGGAGGACACCAUCGCGACCGACACAGCUAGCACGUUGGGCGGCUUCGAGUUGACGGAGGAGCAGAUUAGCGUCGAUACACCCGGCGGGUACAAGCGGUGUGGCGGGCAAGGCGACAUCCUCGGCGGAACGGUCGGCACAUUCCUCGCGUGGGGAAAGUGCUAUGAAAGUGGAGCGUUCGGCGAUAAAUCGCUCCCGAGCUCACGCAUACCGCUGCUUGCCGCGGUCGGCGGGUCGAUGGUCACGCGGACUGCUUCGAGGCGCGCGUUCGCCAAGUACGGGCGAGGUGUGGUGACGGAGGACAUGCUCGGCGAGAUUGGCGGCGCGUUCUCCGAGGUGUUCACCAGCGAGGGCGAGAAUGGGUGGAACGUGUUGGGCGAAGCGGGAAGGCUCUGA